AUGGCAUUUUACAUCUCCAGCAUCUACAGGAUAUACCUGCUCCAACCUCCUGCCUCGGUAGGCAAUCCCGGCUCCCAAACGUCAGAGUUCCUGUCCGCAUCCCAACCAUCCAGUUCAUCUACCCCUCGGCCCAACCGCCGCCGCCGCCUUUCGAGCAGCCCGGAUAACCUUGGUCCCUCAUCGGCAGGGACCGGACACCUUCCACAGAUAGCACGUGAGACUACAUCUCAGAACUACCCCAGCCAUCUUCCUGGCCGACCGGACGGCCGACCUCCUUCCCCCAAGCGCAGGCGCCUGGUAAUCAUGCGUCCCGACGGAAUAUCAACAGAAAAUGGCUUCGUAGACGCCUCGGACGAAUCACGUGCUUCGACAUCGAGGAAGACUGGCUUGAACGGGCAAGCGGCAACCAACGGGAGCUCUCAGACAAAUGGCUCUAAAACGCCAUCCCUAUCUUCUACCUACUACGGCCACAACCGGGAGGAGGUGACGCGGAUUUUGAUACAGAGUUUAUAUGAGCUGGGUUAUAAUGGGUCGGCAUCACUGUUAAGCUCGGAGAGCGGCUAUGAACUGGAAACAUCAGGGGUCGCAACGUUCCGGAGUGCGGUGUUAGGUGGACGAUGGCUAGAAGCCGAGAGAAUCCUGAUUCAAUCGUUUCGAAAUGCCGGGUCACAACAGGUCGACAGGAAAUCCCCACAAGAAGAGACCCUGGUAUUAUCAGAGGAGGCCGAUAGGAACGAGAUGCUAUUCUAUCUCCGGCAGCAGAAAUUCCUCGAGUUGCUAGAAGCGCGUGACCUAGCUGCAGCUCUCAACGUCCUUCGCCAGGAACUGACGCCCUUGAAUUUUGAUGUUGAGCGUCUACACGCCCUAUCAAGUCUCCUUAUGUGCCCAACGGAGGUCUUACAUGCCCAAACGGGAUGGAAUGGCUCCGUUAGCUCGUCUCGUGAACGACUUCUUGGCGAGCUGUCAAAAUCCAUUUCUCCUUCUGUGAUGAUCCCGCAACAUCGCCUGGCCAUCUUACUAGACCACGUCAAGCAGUCUCAGAUCAACAACUGCGUUUAUCAUAAUACCGCCGACCCUCCGUCGCUCUACUCGGACCACAUGUGUGAUCGAAACGACUUCCCAUUAGACGUCAUUGUGGACUUGACUCAGCACUCGGAUGAAGUAUGGUACUGCGAGUUCUCUCACGAUGGCUCCAAGCUUGUUACUGCAGGAAAGGACCAUAACGUGCUCAUCUAUAACACAAUCGAUUUCAGCGUUAUUCACAGGCUUACAGAACACGAGGACGGAGUUGCGUUCGCCAGUUGGAGUCCAGAUGACUCCAAACUAAUUACUUGUUCGCAAGAUAAAAAGGCACGCGUAUGGAGCGUUGAGAGCGGUCGUUGUCUGCUUACCAUCAACCACCACCGUCAACCGGUGACUGCAGCUGCCUGGGCAGCAGAUGGUGAAUCUUUUGUGACAGCCUCUCUCGACUCUGAAUCCCAACUCCGUCACUGGAGCAUGCGUGGUCAGCCUCUAUACACAUGGAAAGGCGGAUUCCGUGUACAGGACUGUGCCAUUAGCGCCGACGGACGACGUCUUGUUGCUGCCGACACAGAAGCGAAGGUUCAUGUGUACAACAUGCUUACAUACGAAGAAGACUACUGCCUUCCAGUGCCGAGCAAACCGACCUCGGUUUCUAUCAGCAAAGACUCGCGGCACGUUCUUAUAAACCUGGCUGAGCACGAUAUCCAACUAGUUGACAUGGAAACCACUGCUGUUGUCCGUCAGUUCAAGGGACAGAAACAAGGCGAGUUCGUCAUUCGCAGCACGUUCGGGGGAGCAGCUGAGAACUUUGUCGUCAGCGGAAGUGAAGACUCGAAAGUCUACAUCUGGCACAAGGAAAAUGGCAACAUCGUAGAGACUCUGGAUGGGCAUAUCUCUGGAUGCGUGAACUCCAUAUCAUGGAACCCGGCCGACCCGGGAAUGUUCGCAUCGGCAGGCGACGACAGUGCACUGGUCUCGAGAGGGCAAUCGAUCCCGUCCAGUAGGACCAGUUCAACGCAACGGGAUACCCUCAAAUGGCUUUACACGGACUAG